AUGAUUUCUUCCAACAAUGGUGUUAUGGCUACAAGAAAUCCAAAGUUUAGUCAAGAAACGUUUCAGGAAAUGGUGACUCAUGCUAUGGUUAUACAUGACUUGCCAUUCUCUUUUUUUGAGUAUGAAGGAGUUCGAAAUUUUUGCAAAUACUUGGAACCAGAAGCGAGUCUUGUUUGUAAGAACACAUCAAAAUCUGAUAUCAAAAAGUUAUAUGCUACUCAACAAAAAAGACUUCGUGAUGAGUUGCUUAGAUGCCCUAGUAGAAUAUGCUUGACUUCUGAUGCUUGGGCCUCAAUUGUUAUAGAUGGUUAUCUGAGUUUGACUGCCCACUAUGUUGAUAGCAGUUGGAUCUUACAAAAGAGAAUUUUAAACUUUUCCCACUUCCCUCCUCCACAUACAGGUGUAGCUAUAGCUGAAAAUUUGGGUUAA